GCUCAGCUACCUAAAUUGUGGGCCGCAAUGUGUACUUCAGAAACCAAGUUGCACCAAGAAAGCAGCGAAGAUGACUUCUUUGGCGCGGAUAGCGACGGCGAGGGCGCGGCGGGCGAUGAGCAGGAGCUCAAACGCGAGGGAGCGGCGCGGCACCAGAUAUUCUAUAACUCAGGAUACCGCGACGGCCUAGAUGAGGGAAAGGAGCGCUCCCUGCAGCAGGGUUUCAAUAUUGGCUUCCGCGAGGGAGCUCUGGCAGGAUUCGAGUGGGGCAUGUUGCGGGGCGCGGCCAAGACACUGGCGGUGUUCGAUGGCCAGGCCGCAGGCACCCGCGGCCUCCAUACGCAGAUUCAGGAGCUUGAGGCGACGGCGGAGGUGCCCCCGCGGGCGGCCAUGCUAGACAUCUUCCGCCGCAUCCUGUCACAGCCCAUGCCCGUGCCCGAGCAGCAGGCAGCCGCGACGGGGGCCGCAGUGGCGAGUGCGGGCCCGGCCGCCGCUGCGGAACCAGCGAGCAGCACAGCAACCGAGGGCACACAGACGCGCAGCGCACAGGAAGAUGCGGGCGAGGCGGAUGAGGAGGAGAAUGGGGAGUAUGGGGAGGAUGAUGAGGACCAGGAGCAGGCGGCGCGGGAGGCGGCUGAACUCGCAGAGGCCUUCCGCACGCUGGCCGCUUCCUCCACAUCAUCUCGGCCUGAGGCUGCAUCCGCUGGGGCUUCGGGGUCACGCGGUGUUGGCGAGGUGACUGCCAGUGCGUCCGGACAGGGGCCAGCAGGCGGCAGCGGUGCCAAUGGCGGCGGCAGCGGGGGCGGAGACGGCGUGGAAGCGUCGGGCGCUGGUGAGGGCGCGGCCGGGGUGGUUCGGAUUCGGGCGCCGCCGCCGCAGCUGGUGCCGCCCGACGCGGCGGUGAUGGCACUUCCUGACAUGGCGGCAGUCAGGGCAAGGGUGCGGCGGCGGCUGCAGGAGCUGGUGCCUGGGUUGCAGCUGGAGGGGCCCGGGCUGGGAGAGGGGGUGGAGGUGGAGCAGGCGAGGGUGCAGGAGGCGGCGGCGGCGGCGGUGGGUGCGCAGGUGCAGUGAGAUUGGCACUGGGGAGGGUGAUGCUGGAGGCAGGGUGGGGCGCUAGCUUGGAGCUGCCACAUUGGCAGCGUACUAACGUCGCAUGCAUGAACUCGCGGCCGCCACCGCAACUUAAACUUUAUAAGCUUGACGGCAUUAUGUUUGCUGACAUGCUGACAUGGUUGACGACGUCAUGAAAGGAAAUAUUGGUGACGGCGGGAUACGGCUCAUGCGCGUGUGCAAUUGCGUCGCUGAGGAGCUGGUGACAGGAGGUCCUGUUGCAGUGGAGAGGCAGCGUGGUGCACGGCAUCGGGCGGCGGCAACGAUUCACU